AUGAUUAGUGGUUCUGGAUCAACACUAUUUGAAGAGCUUGGACUUUGCUAUAUUAGUCUUCUUGAUGGUCAUAACAUUGAUGAUCUUGUUGCUAUUCUCGACAAAGUUAAGAGUACGGAGAAAACGGGUCCUGUACUAAUUCAUGUUGUCACUAAAAAAGGUUUUGGAUAUCCUUAUGCAGAAAGAGCAGCAGAUAAGUACCAUGGAGUUUCCAAGUUUGAUCUUGCUAAUGGAAAACAGUUCAAGGGAAAGGCUCUUACCCCGAUACCCACAUCAUGCUUUGCUGAUGCUUUGAUUGCAGAAGCAGAAGUUGACAAAGUCAUUGUUGGAAUUCACGCUGCAAUGGCAGGGGGAACUGGGAUGAAUCACUUCCUUUUUCGUCUAGCUUGGGAAGGUUUUAAGCCUUUUUGCACUAUUUACUCAUCAUUCUUGCAGAGAGCUUAUGACCAGGUGGUGCAUGAUGUGGACUUGCAAAAGCUUCCGGUAAGAUUUGUGAUUGACAAAGUUGGAUUCGUUGGAGAAGAUGGUCCAACACACUGUGGUUCUUUUGAUGUCACCUAUAAGGCAUGUCUCCCUAACAUGGUGGUGAUGGCUCCUUCCGAUGAAGCAGAGAUGAUCCACAUGGUGGCUACUGCUGUUGCCAUAAACAAUCGACCUAGUUGUUUUCGAUUUCCAAGGGCAAAUGGAAUUGGUGUUGAACUACCACCAGGGAAUAGAGGCACACUUCUUGAGAUUGGAAAAGGUAGGAUAUUGAUUGAAGGGGAAAGAGUGGCCCUUUUGGGUUUUGGAACAACAGUACAGAGCUGUGUAGUUGCAGCUUCCAUAUUGGAACAGCAUGGCUUGCAUGUAACGGUAGCCGAUGCAUGUUUCUGCAAGCCAUUGGACCAUUCCCUCAUUCGCAGCCUAGCCAAAUCACACGAUGUUUUGAUCACAGUGGAAGAAGGAUCAGUAGGAGGAUUUGGAUCUCAUGUUGCUCAUUUCAUGGCCCUUGAUGGUCUUGAUGGAAAAUUGAAGUGGAGGCUAAUGGUUAUUCCUGAUAUUUAUAUUGACCAUGGUUCACCUGCUGAACAACUGGCUGUAGCUGGUCUCACAUCAUCUCAUAUAGCAGCAACUGUAUUCAACAUUCUUGGACAAACAAGACAGGCACUAGAGAUGGAUAUUGUGACAUGA